UGCAACCAUCUGCCUUAAGUUGAUGCACUCUAGACAUAGACACACCAUUUACAUACGAUUACAUUACUCUAUGUAAAUAUGUGUGUAUAUUGCAUGCUAUAGACAAUACUCUGCGCGAAUUGUGUGUACGAAACGAAUGUGUGUAAUGUAAUGUAAUACUUGUUUUCUGCAAAAUGUUGGAAAUGUGCUCAUGAAUUUGUUACUCCUAAGCUUUGCCACACAUACAGAACUUUGAUUUGCAACGUUUUUACAUUAGGCUUAAGAAAGAAAUGCAACAAAAAAUAUUUAUGAACCCUGUUGCCUCGAACAUUUCUGGCGGAUCGGUACAUAAUAAAUGUCUCCUCUAUCGUGUGGCUUGCCACCAGCACGGGGCAAUGUGUGAAAACACACACUCUUAUAUAAGUCUAUCGCUUUGGGAUUUACAACCAUUUUCACCCGCAAAUCAGAUCGUGCCAAGUGCGGGAAUUUGCAAUUCAUUCGUUUGAUGGUUAAUGGUGGCUGCCUUUGGCUUUGGCCCGGGCGCACUGAAUUUCAAUUAGGGAACAGAGCAUGACAGGCCAGCGCUCAGUGGGAGCCAUAAAAUGAAGAGUGGAGAUAAUAGAGCCUCCAUUCGUCUGCAAAACAUGAAAGGGGAGACUAGCGGAGACAGGAUGCCUAGGCCAAUCAUCACAGAAGGAGCCUUCCCCUUUCGACUGCUGACAGCGCUGCUGCUCUUGUGCCUGGCCAUCAGCUGUUGCCUGGGCGGCAAGACCACUACCAUCGUACGACACACAGACACCCUGGAUCCGCAGGCGGACGGCUUCUGGGCGAACAAAACUACUUGGAAUGCCCGCUGGGUGAAGUAUUGGCGGACCAAGAAAAUCUACGAGCCUGUGUGGAAGAAGGUCUGGACACCGACCGUCCACAACGAAUGGGUGCCGCUGCCCAAUGCCCCCACCGAGUGGGAGCAUGAGGAGGGUCAUGCCCAUGCCCACUGAGAGACUGAACCUAGCUUUACUUUUAUUUAUUUAUUUUAUUCGUAGUUUUAUUCACUUUGU